CCUUCAGGAAGAAACUCUUUUUAAAAAGAGCCGGUCACUGAGUUUUACUCCACAGAUCAGAGUGGACGCACAGAAGAAGAAGAAGAAGCAGAAGAAGAAAGAGCGCUCUCAGGAACACAUUAAAAUAAAUAACAUAAAAAAUGGCAGAUGAAUGUAAAGUACAGCUGGAUGCCACGCUCGAUACAGAGGCCAGGAAACAGGCCUCCCACAGCUCAAAGUUAACCACAGUGGUGCUGCCGUUCGCACUGUGCCUGGCGGCUGCUGCUGCUGCCUUUGUCCUCGUCUUCCACAUGCAUCAUCAGAGCUCAGGACACGACGAAGACACUUCCGAUUUUCAUCACACGUUGAGGCAAAUUUCAAACGUGAGAGCAGCCAUUCAUUUGGAAGGUGAAUACAACCCUGAGAGGAAGACCGCUGUGGAGUGGAAGAACGAGGUGGAUCAGUCCCACUCUCAGGGAGGACUGAGGCUCAACAACAACGAGAUCGUCAUCCCACAGAGCGGCCUCUACUUCGUUUACAGCCAAGUGUCUUUCGAGGUCAACUGUACCAGCGGCGACGCCGACACUGACCCAAACGCCAUGGUCCACCUGAGCCACACUGUGCAGCGCUGGUCCCGCUCCUCUGGAGACGACUACAGGACCAUCCUGCACUCUGCUCGCACGGCCUGUCAGAAGACAGCGGGCCGCGAUGAGGGCACCUGGUACACCGCUGUGUACAUGGGAGCUGUGUUUAACCUGAUGAAAGGGGACAGGCUGCGGACAGUGAUGGAGGAGAGGAUGCUGCCCGACCUGGCGGAGGAAUCAGGGAAGAACUUCUUUGGUGUGUUUGCUCUGUGAGGACUGGAGGAGAUGAGACUGGACUUGAAGCAGAGCUGUUGGGGGGGAUUCAUGGCGGCUCCACGUUCACUGACAUAAACUGCACUAAACUACUGUACACUUAACUUAAUGCUCAACUGUUAAGUGGCUGCAAUGAGCAACUUGUGUCAAGGUUGCUGGUUUAAAGCUGAAUCGCUGUGUAUUUAUUACCUGUGUGUGUGAAUUAUGUGCGUGUUAUCGUCACAGCACUGAUGACGGUGCGGUGGACGUAGCCUAUUUAAAACAUAUUUAUUUAUUAUUUAUUAUUUAUUUACAUUUGUAUUUAUUUAUUAAUUUAUUCGUUGAUCUGUUCAUUUGUUUAUUUAUUAAUUCAUGUGUG